ACGGAGGCGGAGGAGGGGCCUGAUUGGCCAGGGCAAUGAGCGCCGCUGCUGGCUGUGUGUGCGGUGGCUCCUGAUUGGCAGAGAUCCUGAUGACAUCAGGACAGAAAGAAAAAGCAUAGGGGACGCACGAGAAGUGGAGAGAGAGCGAGAGAGCGAGAGAGCGAGGAACCAGCGCACCGGCCGUGGAUCAGCUGCUGCCUGACCUGCCUCUUGCGCUCCGGAUCCAGAGACAAUUCUCCUGCGCUAAUGUCCGCGCCUUCACGUCCGCACGGGACCUCGCACUGACAUCCCAGGAGAGCGGCUCGUUGCUGACGGACACGGCGAUCAGUCGCAGCGACUAUGAGCAGAAAGCGAAGGACUGGGCUGCGAGCAGACGCACAGACUCGCCCUGGGAAGGAGACGCGUGGAGUAAAAAGACUCGAGUGAUGUGGGAAAAACACACGGACAGCAGAAAACCAUCAUCGAGACACAAAGUCGGCGGCGCACAGGUUGACAAUGGUCGCUGGGAUCCACUCUCUGCUCCUGCUGCUGUUUUACCAGGUCUUGCUGAGUGGCUGCACUGGACUGAUACCCGAGGAAGGCAAGCGCAAGUAUACGGAAUCGGGUCGCUCGUCUCCCCAGCAGUCCCAGAGGGUCCUCAACCAGUUCGAGCUCCGGCUGCUCAGUAUGUUUGGCUUGAAGAGGCGUCCGACGCCUGGCAAAAAUGUUGUGAUCCCACCCUACAUGCUGGACUUGUACCACCUGCACUUGGCUCAGUUGGCUGCUGAUGAAGGCACUUCUGCCAUGGACUUCCAGAUGGAGCGGGCAGCCAGCCGAGCAAAUACAGUGAGGAGUUUCCACCAUGAAGAAUCCAUGGAAGAAAUUCCUGAGUCUCGUGAGAAAACAAUCCAACGAUUCUUCUUCAACCUUUCUUCAAUUCCAAAUGAGGAGCUGGUCACUUCUGCCGAGCUGCGGAUUUUUCGAGAGCAGGUCCAAGAGCCCUUUGAAAGUGACAGCAGCAAAUUGCAUCGGAUUAAUAUUUACGACAUUGUCAAGCCAGCGGCGGCUGCCUCCCGGGGCCCUGUUGUGAGACUAUUGGACACCAGACUGGUACAUCAUAAUGAAAGCAAAUGGGAAAGUUUUGAUGUAACGCCGGCAAUUGCGCGGUGGAUUGCACAUAAACAGCCUAACCAUGGGUUUGUUGUUGAAGUGACUCACUUGGACAAUGACAAAAAUGUGCCUAAGAAGCAUGUGAGGAUUAGUAGGUCUUUAACCCCGGAUAAAGAUAACUGGCCUCAGAUACGGCCAUUGUUGGUAACUUUUAGCCAUGAUGGUAAAGGACAUGCUCUUCACAAAAGACAAAAGCGCCAAGCUAGGCACAAACAACGUAAACGCCUUAAAUCGAGCUGCAGGAGGCAUCCGUUGUACGUAGAUUUCAGCGACGUUGGUUGGAAUGACUGGAUUGUUGCCCCACCUGGGUAUCAUGCCUUUUACUGCCACGGGGAAUGUCCUUUUCCACUGGCAGACCAUUUAAACUCUACAAACCAUGCAAUCGUACAAACUUUGGUGAACUCUGUCAACACAAACAUCCCCAAAGCUUGCUGCGUCCCCACAGAACUCAGUGCCAUAUCCAUGCUCUAUCUUGAUGAGAAUGAAAAAGUAGUAUUAAAAAAUUAUCAAGACAUGGUCGUGGAGGGGUGCGGAUGCCGUUAGGCAGUUACGCGCAAGCCAGAGACAAGAAAGAUGACACUUUAAUAUUUCCUUUUGGAGACUAUAUUUAUGCUUUGAAAAAUGAUGAAACAAUUAUUUUGAAAAUAUAUUUAUGUCUACACGGAGGUUGGGAAGCAAAUAUUUUAAUCAGAGAAAUAUUCCUUUUUUUAGUUGUACAUUUUUAUAAGGGUUUGUACCCAGCACAUGAAGUAUAAUGGUCAGAUUCCUAUUUUGUAUUUAUUUACCAUUAUAACCACUUUUUUAGGGAAAAAAUAGCUGUUUUGUAUUUAUAUGUAAUCAACAGAGAAAAUAUAGGGUUUGUAAAAAUGUUACUGAAAGCAGAUUCAUUGGUUUUCUUUUUUUAAGUUAUACACAGCUGGUUAUAUGGCAAGUGUUAUAUUUUCUACAAAGCUAAUUUUAAGGUCAGUUGUUAUAAAAAUGAUAAUGUGUUGGUUCAUUUUUAUAUCCUUCAUAUUGUGCCAUUAACAUGCAUUUUUUAAAAUGUAGGAAGUCCAGUGUGCAUUGCUUUGUAAAUUCAGAAUUGGAAUUCAUACACGUAACUGUCGAAUACAACUACUGCCAUUUUCAAAUAAUUUUCUUCUUUUUUUGCGAAUUGCUUUGGGCCAGUAGAAUUUUUUUUUUCCUGAAGAAUUUACAAAAAAUAAAGCUUGGCUGGGUGGGAAGAACAUUGCAAAGUGGCAUGGUAUAAAAAUAAAAUGUUCUUAAAUUGGACAAAUUCAAAUAUCACACACAACAAUAGCUCGGAUAUCUCUUAAAAAUAUUUAAUUUAUUUAAAAUAUCUUAAGCCCUAAAAAAAUUUGCGUUUGUUUUCUUCUGCUAUUUUUUCUAAUCUUUUUUUUUUUUUUUGUUUUGUUUUUCUACUGAACUUUCAUCUACUAGCUACUUGUGUUAUAAUUUCUUCUUGAGUUUUCACCACAGUCACCACUUUUUUUUUUUCUUUUUUUUUUUAUUGCCUCAUAAAUUUUGUGUUAAAGGAACAGUUUAAAAAAAAAAAAAAAAAAAAGUUCAAAAUGUCAAGAUUUCACCAAUAAAUGAAGAAGUACAGACUUCCAGUACUGUUAAUGUAAGCUAUAUUGUGUAUGGAGUUUUUGUUACCUCCUCAGUAUUGUGUGCCUGGCAGAAAACAACACACAUAAUGCAGCUCUACUAUUCAGAAACUAAAAUGUCAAGAAAAUUUUUAGAUCAUGGCCUUGUUUAAAUUUAGCAUGGAGGUAGUAUUUUAUAGCGUCAAUUGACUGGCUUCCAACACUUGGAUCACGCUCUGUACAGUACGAUGAGGAUGUUUGGACUGUAGUCUGAACUGUGUGUCACUAGAUGAUCAGCUCAGUAGAAACUUAAAGGUGAACAGUAAAAUUUUAAUAUGAGCUUUAUCCCAUGACAAUGAGGAGGAUGAGUCUGUGUUUUAAUGAGCACUAUGUACUCCCUUUGCCCUGACCGUGUAUUAGACCUAACUGUCUUUCAAAAUAAACGACUGUGACUCAAA